CCCCCCCUCUCCCCCCUCUCCCCCCUCUUUACCCCCGAUCGCUGGUCUGAAUUGGGUCCCGUUUCGCUGUCCACCCCUCUCUCUCCACCUUAUAUCCUCCCUCAAUUCCAACCAUGUCGAAGGUCGUGCGCAGCGUCAAAAAUGUCACCAAGGGUUAUUCGUCCGUGCAGGUCAAGGUUCGAAAUGCCACCAGUAAUGACCCGUGGGGUCCGACCGGCACCGAUAUGGCCGAAAUCUCCGCCAUGACGUUUUCCAGUCCGACCGAUUUCUACGAGAUUAUGGAUAUGCUCGAUAAGCGACUCAACGAUAAGGGCAAGAAUUGGCGCCAUGUCCUCAAGUCGCUCAAGGUCCUCGAUUACUGUCUUCACGAAGGCUCCGAGCUCGUCGUCACCUGGGCUCGCAAGAACGUCUACAUCAUCAAGACCCUGCGCGAGUUUCAAUAUGUCGACGAGGAGUCUCGAGAUGUCGGCCAGAAUGUGCGGGUCGCGGCCAAGGAACUCACCUCCCUCAUCCUGGAUGAAGACCGAUUGCGCAAGGAACGAUCCGAUCGCAAACUCUGGAAAAACCGCGUCAGCGGUCUGGACGAGUAUCAGACUCCCGGCGUCGACAUGUCCCCCCGCCGACCGCGCGAACGUCGCCGCCAACCGGACGAAGACGACACCGAGUACCGGUUGGCGAUCGAGGCGAGCAAGCAGGAGGCCGAGGAGGAGCGCCGACGACGCGCCAAGGAGGCCAUGGUCGGCGAGGACGACGAGGAUCUGGCCCGCGCCAUCAAACUGAGCAAGGAGGAGGAGGAGCUGCGCCGGCGGGAGCUGGAGGAGAGCAACGCCCAGUCUCUGUUCGACGACACCCCGACGGCCGUCGGCCCCGCCCAGGCCACCGGCUACAACCAGGGUUACCAGCAGCAGAGCGCCGUCGACUGGCUCGGCAACCCGAUCAACGUCCAGCAGCCUUUGACGACGGGCUACCUGAACAACCAGUACGCGCAACCUACCGGAUUCUCCGCCCAACACACCGGAAUGCCCAAUGGAUACGGCAACGGCUUCCAGCCCCAGCCGACGGGUUUUGACCAGAACCCGUAUGGUCAGCACAACAACUUCCUGCAGCCGCAGGCCGCCCUCCACCCCCAACACACCUCCUUCAGUACGAACAACCCGUACGGAACCGACCAGCAGCAACCGCAGCAGCAGGAGAAUUUCCUGUCGGCCGGAUCCAACAACCCGUGGGCCAGUCCGAGUUCGUCGCACCUGCAGCCGGCCGAACCCCUCAAACCCAUGGCCACGGGCUCCAACAACCCGUUCGCGCGGCCGCAACAGUUCCAGCCGCAGCGGCCGGCGACAGCGGGCCCGCCGUCACUCAACACGCUGAACGAGGAGCGGGCCACAAACCAGUUCCAAUCCUCGCAUAACCCGAUCGCCAACUUCCAGGCGCCGCCGCCGUCGAACAACCUGGCGCCGCCGAAGAGCACACCGCCGCAGAUGAACGACCCGCACCACCAGCGUCUGAACCAGCUGCUGGCGACAGGCGACGGACAGGACACGUUCGGCAACGUGGGCGACCUCCGCAUUCCGGCGCAGCACACGGCCCCAGGCACAUUCGUCAAUUCGGCGGGUCAGGGUCUCGACAAGCUGCGGGCGACGCACACGGGCAACAACCCAUUCUUCACCCAACAACCCCAAUCGUUCGUACCCCAGCAGACAGGAUAUAUGCAGCCGGCACCGGCCAACAACCCAUGGGGUGGGCAACCGCGACAAGCCCAGCCGGGUGGCAGUUUGAUCGAUCUGUAAUUCGACGGGAGGGAAAGUGUUGAUAUUUCCUUUUCUUUUGAUUGUUGUGUUGCUAUACGUUGGAUGCUGGGUGAGGCAGGAGCAGCAAGGAUGAUGAAGGAUACCAGUCUUUUUCUUUUUCUUUCUUAUUAUUUUUUUUUUUCGUCAGGUUUCUCGUCAGGUUUAAAACCAUUCGAUAUCUCAGUUUGACAUCGUACCUACAUACCACGCCCCGUUAUACACUUUAUCAUAUUAUCGUCUAUCUAUCACACCAGUGUGACCGACCAUGCUAUCCACUAUCCACUAUGCUAAACUACCGAAGAGAAAGACAACGAUCCCAUCGCACCAUACGUCUCCUGUUAUCUCUUUCUCUUAUAUCUUUGUAUAUGUAUUUAUUAUAAUUUAU